AUGUUUUCUCUUGUAAUCUUGCUCCAUUUAACAAUUCUACUACUUAACUCAGUGGUAAGUCAGAUCCUGUCAGAGUUCGGGCUGAAGAAGGACGAGCUCAAAGAAGUCAUGAAGAGGAUGCAGCGCGAGAUGGACAGAGGGCUGCGUCUGGAGACGCACGAAGAGGCCAGCGUGAAAAUGCUCCCAACGUAUGUCUGCUCCACCCCCGAGGGAUCAGUGUGUGUUUUGACAGAGGUGGGGGAUUUCCUGGCUCUGGACCUGGGGGGGACCAACUUCCGCGUGAUGCUCGUGAAGGUGGGUGAGGACGAGGAGAGGGUCUGGAAGGUGGAGACCAAGAACCAGAUGUACUCCAUUCCUGAGGAUGCUAUGACGGGCACUGCCCAAAUGCUAUUUGACUACAUAGCAGAGUGCAUGUCCGACUUCUUGGACAAGCAUCACAUAAAGCACAAGAAGCUCCCUCUGGGUUUCACCUUCUCCUUUCCUGUACGACACGAGGACAUCGACAAGGGCAUCCUGCUGAACUGGACCAAAGGCUUCAAGGCCUCCGGGGCGGAGGGGAACAACAUCGUGGGUUUGCUCCGAGACGCCAUCAAGAGACGAGGGGACUUCGAGAUGGACGUGGUUGCCAUGGUGAACGACACAGUGGCCACCAUGAUUUCCUGCUACUACGAGGACCGCAGCUGCGAGGUCGGGAUGAUUGUCGGCACGGGUUGCAACGCGUGUUACAUGGAGGAGAUGAAGACCGUGGAGCUGGUGGAAGGGGAGGAGGGCCGCAUGUGCGUGAACACAGAGUGGGGGGCGUUCGGCAACAACGGGGAGCUGGAGGAGUUCCGGCUGGAGUACGACAAAGUGGUGGACGAGACCUCGAUUAACCCCGGGCAGCAGCUGUACGAGAAGCUGAUCAGCGGGAAGUAUAUGGGCGAGCUGGUCAGGCUCGUUCUGAUCAAGCUGGUGAACGAGGACCUGCUGUUUAACGGCGAGGCCUCCGAGCUGCUGAAGACACGUGGCAGCUUUGAGACCCGCUACGUCUCACAGAUGGAGAGUGACACCGGGGACAGAAAACAAAUCUACAACAUCCUGUCCUCGCUGGGCGUCCUGCCCUCAGAGCUGGACUGCGACAUCGUGCGUCAGGUCUGCGAGAGCGUGUCCACGCGCUCCGCUCACAUGUGCGGCGCGGGGCUCGCCGCCGUCAUCAACCUGAUGCGGGAGCGACGCAGCCAGGAGGCCCUGAAGAUCACGGUGGGGAUCGACGGAUCCGUCUACAAGCUGCACCCAUGUUUCCGUGACAGGUUCCACAAAAUCGUCCGGGACCUCACGCCUCACUGCGAGAUCACCUUCAUCCAGUCGGAGGAGGGGAGCGGCCGCGGCGCCGCCCUCAUCUCGGCGGUGGCCUGCAAGAUGGCCACCAGCAUGCUGACACAAUAA